CCGAUAAGGACUGUAUGAAACGAACCACAACGAAAUCCGAAGGCUGAGGCAUCAUGGUGAACUUUGCGGCAGCGCUUCGUGAGCACUGGGUGAAUGUCCUGGUACCCCUUGGAUUCGUUAUUGGUGUUUACCUGGACAGGCGGAACGACCAGAAAUUGACAGCUUUCAGGAACAAAAGUGCUUUGUACAGUCGAGAAUUGAAGCCUGGUGAGCAAUAUACCUGGAAGUAGAGUCUCCCACUUGACGAUAUUUAUAGUUUCCCAUGCUUCACUCACUGUACUGGAUGAUUUCGGUGUUGUCCUCGGGCAGUCAAUGACUGUGUUCAACUGUUAUUUGAUACCAGAUGUAUAGACCAAUAAUAAAUGUACCCUUUAAA